AAGAUGUUACCGUAUUUUAACAAGUAAGAAGACAAAUAACAAAGAUAUCAAUUUCUCAAAAUAAAUCAAGGAAAAUUCAACAAAGAGUCUGACUACUCUUAUGUUCGGCCCGUAAGCCGGAAAGGUUCAAGUCUUUCGUGUUGAAGAUUUCUAAAUGGUGAAAACCUUGCUCUUGCCCCCGGUAAUCACAAGUUUUAUCAAGAUGAGCAUGCGCACACGCGCGUUAGUCUUUUCUACAUUUUUUGGUAGUUGCCUGGCCAUUGGCCUGCUACUUGUUAGCAUGACCACAAAACACUGGGUACGAGCCAACCCGCGAAGACACACUUCAUCAGAAGCUAAGGGCGAUGUCAAUUUUGGCCUUUUCUAUGGAAACCAGCACCUAAACCUCGGAUUUGGAGUACGGACAUAUCCAGUUGAUGUUUACACCUUUAUUCGAACUGAGAACGGCGACACAAGCUUUUGGCUUUGGCUUCUUACGACUUUGGGCACUGGAUUUGGCCUCUUAGCGUGUGCCGUGGCUGCCAUUGCUGCCGUCCUAAAGUCUGCCUCGGCAGCCAAAAGAGGCGGCACCAUGGUUCUGCUUUUAACUGCCAAUAUAUCAGCCGCAGGAGCGCAGGUUGUGGCCUUUGUUGCAUGGCUAGUGCAGUUCUACCACUAUCUCAUACACAACGUGCUUCUCACCGAGCACCAGCAGCAACACUGGUAUAGCACUGGGCUGGCUUCUCUGGGCUAUUGCUUCUACUUGGUCGUGAUUUCCACCAUUGUGGUGCUGCUCAACAUAACGAUUCUCCUUUAUGCCAGACGUCGGGAGAGCCGCGAUCGCCGUCUUCGCUUAGAGCCGGAAAGCAAGGACAAGCAUCAGGCCGCCAUAAUGCUGUACUAGGAAAGGCAGCAGGAAGCAAUCCUAAAUGGACCUCAAAUAAUCUACUCGAAUAUGGGGACGAGUAGCGACCACCAAGU